ACUGGCAAGAAAAAACUUACUCGCAACAGCAUACCAUACACCAGAGAUUAAAAAGUGCUCUUUUCAUUUGCAGGUUCCUUCGCACUUUGGCAAGGCUUUUGGGUCCUUUUGCAUCACACUUUGCCAUGCCAUGUAACUGUUACUCACUUGCAAGUAGCAAUUGCUGAAUCUCCAAGUCAAACUCCGUUUCUUUAGCAGCACCAGUCUCUGCAUUCUUAGCGGCUAUUUAUUUCUAGUUCACUCUUUAGUUUUACCCUCUUCUUCUGGAGAUUAAAAAUAUCGAAACAAAACCCCAAAAUUUCAGAUCUGCCCCCUUGUUCCUCAUACUCAAUUUUCAACCUAGUAUUAACGGUCUCACUCUCAUGCUUCGGUUUCUCCCAACUGAGUCAAACAUUUUCCAGUCUUUUCCACACUUCGCAGUUGUAAAAGCUCUGCGAGUGUUCACUUCCGCCACCUGUUCGACCAUUGGCCUCACCCAAACCCAGGUUGAAUUUGAAGAUGAUAAAAACAAGUGUAGUGAUGCUGCUGAGCUUUUGAGCAAAUGGGGUUGUAGUGAUGAUGAUUUGGUGAGAAUAUUCUCACGUUGCCCCUCCUUGCGCAAUGCUGAUCCCAUGCAGGUUCAGUCUAAACUGUGCCUGCUGAGUGAUUUGGGCUUGUGUGCAUCUGAACUUGUAAAGAUUGUCAAUUGUAGGCCACGGUUUUUCCGGUCUCGGAUUAAUAGUUGCUUAGAAGAGAGGAUGGCGCAUCUUACAUCAUUGUUUGAGACGAAAGAAGUGCUUCAGAAGGCAAUUGUGAGGAACCCUUCGUUGCUGCUAUCUGCGGGUCGCUAUAAUGUGAAGGCAACAGUUGAGCUCUAUGAGAAGUUGGGUGUUAAGAAAGAGGACUUGAUUCAGAUGCUCCUUUUGCGGCCCACGGUUAUUUCGAGGACUUCCUUUGAUGCUGAGAAGCUGGAAUAUUUAAGCAAGACUGGGCUUACUAAGGAUUCCAAGAUGUAUAAAUAUGUGGUGACAUUAAUAGGAGUCUCUCGCGUGGAAACGAUUCGGGAUAAGGUGGCAAAUUUCGUGAAAUUUGGGUUUUCCGAAGAGGAGAUAUUUGGUCUUGUGGGGAAGUCUCCUAAUGUGUUGACAUUGUCAACGGAAAAGGUUCAGAGGAACAUGACUUUCAUUUUGGGAACGAUGAAGCUUGAUGCUAAGAUGGUUCUAAAGCUGCCGUAUCUCUUAUAUGCCAAUGUGGAUACUGUUUUGAAGCCAAGAGUGCUUCUAGCAUUGAAGAUGCAAGAUAUGGAUGCAGAGUUGCAAAUCAUGGGACCAACGAUCGUAAGCUCACUGAGGAUGCCAGAGCAGAGAUUUUUAAAGUUGUUUAUCCAAUGCCAUGACGAGGAUGUUGCAAAUCAAUUGAUGGAAUUCUAUAAAAGGACAAAAGAGGUGAAGAGAUUAGGAGAGUCAUCAAAGAAGUACAGUAAGAGUGGAUUCCCUUUCUGAAAUCUGAACUACUUUUACAUGCUAUGAAAUAAUUUUGGAGCUGAGAUCCAUAUCCAUUUUUUGGUUAUCUUGUUAUUGGAAAUUAUUUUUGUGACAUUUACUAUGGAUAUCUUUGUCUCUGAUUUUUAAUGAAGGUUUUUCCUAUC